UUAUUCGAACUUUCCAAAAUAAUACAAAGAAAUCAAAGUCAAAGCUAAAUACGAAAAAGCUCACGAAGGUGUCUCAAAAUUCCUGAGUGUUUUUUAUUUUGUUUUGGUUACGUGUUGAUAGCAUUGUGAAGACUGAAGAGGGAAUUGAAUGCAACUUUUCGUUUGGCGUGUUAGUGACAACAAACGUUGAAGGAAUGCGAAGUAUUUAGUAGUAAGUACAAGAGCAUUGAAACAAGUGAAUGUUUAUUAGGAAGGAAUGUUCAACAAGAAAAAGAAAAAACCCGUUAUCUCUCCGCCGACAAAUUUCGAGCACAGGGUUCACACCGGAUUUGAUAAAAGAGAAAAUAAAUUUGUCGGAUUACCGUUGCAAUGGGCCGGAAUCGUUGGAAACAAUCAGAUAUUACGGAGCACGAAUCGCCCUUUACCAGUCGUCGAUCCGUCCGAAAUUACUCCUACAGAGAUCCUCGAUCUGAAGACUAUUGUACGAGGAGAAACAAAAUUCAAGAGUGCAGAGACUAAUGGUAUUCCGAAGACGUCAAAUGUGGCUCGAUCAAAUUCGCUACGAUCGUCGAGCCCUCCGAGAUAUCGACGGCCCCAAUUUAACGUACCUCCGUCUUUACCGGAAGGGGAGGUUCUAGUCAUGCCUCCAACAGCACAUGUUCAAUAUCCUGCCCCUGCCCAAUACCAUAAUAACGUCGCUGCUCGUAGAAUAGAACAACAUCACAACAAUCAACAUAUCAAGCCACCGUAUAAUAACAAUGAUUGGCAAAAUCAAGAUAUUAAACGACAGUCCCCUCAGAGCAUUCCGUCUGCAACUCCUGACCCGUCCGAUCAUCGUGGAUCAAUGCCGAUGCCUUACAAUACUCCGUAUCAUUUACAUAAUGGAAGUUCCCCUCAGGUUGCGCAUAUGCCUUCUCCUGAUGUUCAAGCCAGUUACGCGUAUGCUGGUUACCGUCCACCUCAAAGUCAAACUCAACCGGCCAACUUGGUGCCGGCUACUAUGCCGAGGGCUAUUCCACAUUCGAAUGUUCCCGAAAAUAUCAACAUGAAUAAACAGCCGAAUACGAUCGAAAUGUCGACACCUACUCCAGAUAUGAAUCAUAAUUCGAGCAAACCUCAUGGCAUCAAUACCAGCGGGCCUUCUGGAAUCGUGAACGUUAAACAGCAUCAUGAACAGCAGCGUAUUACCCACGAGCAGUUUCGAGCUGCUUUACAAAUGGUCGUCAGCCCUGGUGAUCCUCGGGAGAAUUUGGACAAUUUCGUCAAAAUUGGCGAAGGGUCUACCGGAACUGUAUGGACCGCUUGUGAUAAAACAACUGGUAAAAAAAUGGCCAUCAAGAAAAUGGAUUUGCGUAAACAACAAAGAAGAGAGUUACUAUUCAACGAGGUGGUCAUCAUGAGGGACUAUCAUCACCCCAACAUCGUUGAAAUGUACGACAGCUUUUUAGUCGGGGAUGAACUUUGGGUAGUGAUGGAAUUCUUAGAAGGCGGUGCCUUGACCGAUAUUGUCACCCAGGCUAGAAUGGAUGAAGAACAAAUUGCUACCGUUUGUAAACAAUGCUUGAAGGCAUUAUCUUAUCUGCAUUCGCAAGGCGUUAUCCACAGAGAUAUCAAGAGCGAUUCUAUAUUGUUGGCAGCUGAUGGCAGGGUUAAACUAUCAGAUUUCGGAUUCUGUGCCCAAGUAUCGCAAGAAUUACCCAAAAGGAAAUCGUUGGUUGGUACGCCGUAUUGGAUGUCUCCCGAGGUCAUUUCUAGGUUGCCUUAUGGGCCAGAAGUGGAUAUUUGGUCUUUAGGUAUAAUGGUUAUCGAGAUGGUCGACGGAGAACCACCAUUCUUUAACGAGCCACCUUUACAAGCGAUGAGACGUAUUAGAGAUAUGCUUCCGCCCAAAUUAAAGAAUUCAAAUAAGGUUUCACCCAAACUACAAGGAUUUUUGGAACGACUUCUGGUUCGAGAUCCAGCUCAAAGAGCCACCGCUAAAGAACUCUUGGACCAUCCAUUCUUGAGACAGUCAGGUCCACCGUCAUCUUUAGUACCUCUAAUGCGUAAUUCCAGGCACAGCAAUUGCUAGCAUCGCAAUUCUUGUACGAUUGGCUGCUACUAUAUAACUUAAAUUAACUUAUUGUUGUUUUUUUUUCGUAGAUCCGGCAUCUCGUUAAAAUUGAUUUUUUUAUUAUCUAUAUUAGAUACAUAAUAAUUUUAAUGUAAUUUCAAACAAGGUAUCCAUUCCGGCCAUUUAAAUAAGCACGGUAGUUACGUUGCCAUGGUACGCACGUAACCAACUGUACCUACUUCCUUUAAAUAUGAUACUUUAUAUUGUGUUGUUCGUGUUGUUAGUAAAAAUGUUACGAUGUGAUGAAAUUAUGUUGGUAUAUAUCGUAUUCGUUUAUUAAAAAUAUCGACUGGGCUCGUGACAGCGAUAAAUGUUAUUGCGCACUUUGGUUAAUUAAAUCUACAUAUUACGGAUAAUUUUUUUUCCAUAUGGUACAAUUUUUUUACUAUCGAGCUUAAAAUUACUAGUAGACUGCGUUUACUUUACAUACAUAUCAUGACAUUGUUUUUUAAUUUUUUUUUUUUUAUAACGCUGGCACGUCAAAGUUAUAUACGAUUUUGUUGAACAAGUUUGUACUGUUUUUUUUUUUGUUGUGUUGUGUUUUUAGCACUUUUGUCGAAUCAAAUUUUAUAAUACAAUUCGUAGAAAGAAGAAAUGAUUAAGAAAAAGCAAUCAGUAUUUUUUAAACAUUCCGUAUAUUUGUAAGAGUUUUUAUUUUAUUAAGUUCGGACGUUUUGUUUCUUCUUUCGUAUAAACCUAUCUUCGUUUUUGAAAAACCAGUUUAGAGUGUAGAUAACAUAAUUGAGUAUAACCAAGACCAAGGUACGUUCUUGUACGAGUUUUUUUAAAUUACGGCAGUGCUUUACUUAUUUUAUAACCUUACGAUGUAUCGUGUAUUCCCCCACCUGUCUGUAUUCUUGAUUUUUCGUACUCUUGAUGAAUGUAUUAUAAAUAUAUAAAGGUGAACUUAGAGCUUUACUUCGAGCUUAAUUAUUUUAUACUCGUUAGUUCAUUUUUAUUACAUGAUUGUUGUAUUUAUUGUAGUAACAUUUAUACUGUUUAUUUAUUGUUUAUAUUUUUAAAAUAAAUCGCUUAUUUUAGGA